AUGGGUGAAUUUUUAGCAAAGGAAAUCUCAACGAUUAUUGAAGAACUAGGUUCAGAUAAGUUCAUAGCUGUUGUUAUAGAUGCGGCUUCAAAUUGUAACCUAGCACAUCGAAAAACACAAGAAAUGUAUCUGUAUAUUUGGAAUGUCCGAUGUGCAGCUCAUGCGAUUAACCUUAUUGCUGCUUUUG